GUAAUUUCAAUUUUUGCUCGCUGGGGAAUGUAAACGUUGUCCCGAAACCAGUUGGCGUUUGUAAGCGUUGCUCAUCGCACUGACGUACUCUUAAUCGUUUCCCCCCUUAAUUUUUCAUUGCUCAGUCGUGUAUAAUAGUAAUAAUAAAUAAUCAUAAUGAAUUUUAAUAUAAAAAUCAAUUUAUAAUUUGUGUGCGCGUGUGUUGACAUAAAUUCACAUAUUAUAAAAUCGUUUAACCGUGUGCACAUUUGAGUAUUAAGAAUACCUAACCGUCGUUAUCUUUUAGUCGACUUAAUAUUUUUUUUUAUAAUAAUCUUUAAUUUUUUUGAAAAAUGUUAUUCGAGUUUUCGUCGUCUAUCGUGUGUUACAUGACAUUUACGUGUCGUCCAUGCCAAAUUUGGAAUAACUAAUAGACACACUGACGAACAUGAAAAAUAACGCCGUUGAUCUCGGGCGCACACUCAGUGGAUGCAGUUAGUAAAGGAUUUUAUGGCCGAAGUGGCAACAAACGACAAGUUUUCCAGCCUCUACAUCAGUGCAUAUGACGUUGGAAGAGGUGGAGGCGGUGGAGGAGGAGGCGUCAUACAAACGGCGGCCGCGGACACCAUCGGCGACGGCGUAGGUCACGGGUUCGCGGACGUACACCGCAGCAUGGACGCUUACGUCAAGUGCGCCGAGUCGUUGGCAAAAUGCGGCAAAGUGCUUGAAUCGCUGGACUUGUACGUUCGGUGCUUCCAGGUGGGCCCGCUGCCGGCCAAUUUUCUCUGGCAGGUGAGCACCUCGUUUUUGGGCUUUAUCCGCAAACAACAGAUUUUGACCGCCGCAGCUCAAGAUGGUACGCGGUCACCACCGCCUCCACACCGGACGCCGUUUCACUGCGGCGCUUGCGAUCUGGUGCUGCGCGAUCCCGUCACGUUGCACUGCGGCCACACAUUCUGUCGGCAGUGCGUGGCCGGCCCUUGCAAACCUCAGUGCUCUAAAUGCGGCCUACGCACCUCGUACCAACCGCAUGUCAACGUUCUGGUCAAGUCUCUGGUGGAGAAACUGUGGCCCGAACAGUUGCGGGCCGCCGAGCUGCUGGAAGAGGGCAAGGCGCUGCUCAGACAAGACAAACCGCACUCUGCACUUAUCAAGUUCAACCAGGCCUUUUACACCGGUGGUGAAAACUACGAAUUGUUGAACAUGAGGUCCAGAACACUAAUAAAACUAGGACUCAACGAAAACGCUCUUUUGGACGCCGAUCGAGUAGUGCAGAUGCGACCUAAAUGGUUCAAGGGCCAUUUUACGCGGGGCACUGCUUUGUACUUGCUGGGACGUUACCAAGAGGCUCUGUUCGAGUUCUCUCUGAGCACAAUGUUCGGUGAAAAUUUCCAGAAGCUGAAACCGCACAUCAGCGAGGUGCUACAACGGUUGUUGGUAAUGUACAGCAAAGAGAUGGAAACGCCAGAGUUGGAAAAUUGGGAUUUCAUAACUCACGGGUACUUGGCCUAUUUGAACACAGCCAUCGGCGGUCCGGGCAAAUUCGAAAAGCCAGUAAACUCGUUCGAGAAAAAAGAGGAAGACAAUUGUAGCAAGUCUGUGGUCCGACAGCUCUGCGAGACCCGUUCAAUAACCGAAUUGGUCCGACAAAUAUUUGCCGAAAUUUCCAACAACAAAUAUCACUCAUCGGCGGACGAAGAACUCGAUCAUUUCACUGUCAACAAAUCUUUACUGGAAGAAUCGGACUUUGACUGUGUACUGUGUUGCGGCAAACUCCUAAACCCCGUGACCACUGCUUGCGGCCACACCUACUGCACGGAGUGCCUGGAACACAAUUUCGACUACAGUUUUUAUUGUCCUCUGUGUUUAACAUCAUUACCGCCGAGUUUGGCGUUAAGCAAAAAGUACACCACCGAGUUCGUCGAGGAGCUGAUCAACGUCUAUCAUAACAGUAACCGUUUGAUGUUGAUUUCCAAUUGGAAAAAGGAAAUGGAAAUACAGGACGGCAUGUACUUGCCCGUGUUUGUGUGCACCAAUGCGUUUCCGUCGGUCUCUUGUCCUUUGCACGUGUUCGAGCCCCGUUACCGGUUGAUGAUAAGACGAUGCAUAGAUUCGGGUUCGCGUAGUUUUGCCAUGAUCAGUCAUUGUCGCCCACCCAUGAAAUUCGCCCAGUUCGGUACCAUGUUAGAAAUCAAGGAUCGAUUGAUGACUGGCAACGGUUGCUCGUUUUUGUCCACCAUCGGCACUAGGAGGUUCAAGGUGUUAGGCAGGAAAGAACGCGACGGUUACGACAUGGCAAAAGUGGAGUUCAUACGGGACGAAAUAGUACCGGAAACCAAAUUAGCCGAGUUGAGAAGUUUACACGACAACACGCGUCGACGUGGACUGGAAUGGUUCAACGAUUUUCGGCACGAAAUCAAAUUGGAAAUACUCAGGACCGUCGGAUUCCCACCAGAACUUGAAGACAACUGGGAACAACUCGACGACGGGCCGGCGUGGAUGUGGUGGUUACUGUCGUUGUUGCCGUUGGGGCUGAACGCUCAUGUGGACCUUUUAGCAAACACUAGCCUCGAAGUACGUUUGACAGUGAUCAACAGGAUCCUCGGCCGAAUCGAACAGAGCGCGCUGAACCGCUGUAUCACUUCAACUCCCGGCCGAAAAUAAGGCGACGAAAACAUAUUUAUUUUAUUAGUUUAAGAUAAUUGUAAUUUUUAGGAGAACAUCGAACAGUAAAAACAAAAAGAUUAAGGUUGACAGAAAAAAAAGCUGGGUUCCAUAGCUGUUGUUAGUGUUAAACGUUUCUAAUUAUUAUAUUAUUUUACAACAAUAAUAAUGAUAAUAAAUAUUGUUAUUAUUAUUCUGUGAUCUCCGUAUCUGGUCAGCUUAGGCCGUUGACGAUGGGCGAAUCGUCUCGUUAGCGUUCUCUCCGAACAACAACCGAUUUUUUAAAAUUAAUUAAUUUAUUGUAAACUUAAUAAUAAUAAUAAUACUAAACUAUAUUAUAUUGUUAUAAUAAUAACAAUAAUGUAUAUAACUCGAGUCUACUUUUAAUUAUUUCCAAAAGCCAUUUUAUAGCAAAAAAACCGGAUUCGUAUAAUAUUUAUCUUAUACAAUGUUAAUAAUAAUUAUAAUGUAAUAUAAUGUUUAACUAUAUAAUAAGAAUGUAUACCUAACUUAAUUCUAAUUAUCGUUGUACCAAAAUAAUCGAAACGCACAACUUGUGAGUAUCGACCGCGGUUAAUGUUACAUUCUAUUAUUUUGAAAACGCCUCUUUGUGGCAAAAUGAGUGUAGAAAAAUAAUUUUUUCUUUAUAGUUUCGAUUUAAUAUGCUUAUUGUUUAUUAAGAUGAAAUAUUAUGAUACUAGUAUUUAGAUAUACUAGAGUGUUCUUUUCAAAUGUGUUUACCUAUUUAGUUAAUUAAAUUUUUAAAACGAUAACAACUCGAGUCUCCACAACUACUGUGAAAGCCAUGUACCGAAAAAUAACCGGAUUUGUAUUUAUUUUAUAAGUUUUUUAAUUUUUAAUUUUUAAGCGUACCUAAUAAUGAUAAAGCGCACAAUUUGUGAGUUUGAAUUUUGAUUAACAUGUUAUAUUAUUUUAGUAAAACGUACCUCCUUCCAUGCCGCAGAGGAUUAUAUGUAGGUGAUAAAUGAUAUUCUGUUGUUUAGUUAGUUAUUAUUAUUAUGAUAAAAUAUUAUUAUUACUUUGGACCGGAAAUUUAGUUAAGUGUUAGAUUUUAAUACUAUAGACAAUAUUUUUACCGUUAUUUUAUUAUACUCUGUGAUAAAACAAAAUUGUAUUUUUUAAUUAAUAAUAUAAUAUAACAACUUCCAAUUUGGGGUUAAACACUUUUUUUUUUCAAAUUUAAUUUUUUUUUUUUAGUUUUAAAAUUUAUUUGCUCGUUUUACUUGAAAUAAAGCUGGUAGUAUGAUUAUUUCAACUGAAGUCUAAUUGAAAACAAAUAUUGUACUCUUAUAAAUUCUUCACAUAGAUAUAUUUUUUUUUCUAAUAAAAUUUACAAUUUUCGAAUUAAAUUAUUUUUGAUUACAACAAAGUUCAUAUUAUGAUUACUACGUUAUUACCCCACUAGAUUAUCCGUAAUUUUCAAAUGAGUAAAAAUAUAUUAUCAAAAAAUAAAUUUCAUUGUAGACAAUAAAUAUAUUAUCUAUUAUUUUACAAAAUUGUUUUUAAUGUAUCGGGCAUGCAUGCAUUAUUUUUGAAACAGACUUGAUAUUGAUUACAUAAUAAUACACAAAUUAUUAUAAUAUACAUAUUAUAUAUUAUUUAAUUAUUUAUUGUGAUUGUCCUAUAUUUUUUUUUGUUAUAAAUAUAUUUUAGUGGUUACACAAUUACCUACGUGUAACUACUGUUGAUAUACCGGAUUUUUAUAACCUAAAACCAAAAAUAAGGGAAUUUAAUUUAUCAUUAUAUAGUUUUUUAGUUAAU